GCUUGCCUUAUCGCAAUCAAGGCCAGGUAACGACACUUGCUUGAACUCGUACUGAGCCAGACGCAACACCGCCUUCAACAACUUCUCUGCAAGUCUCCCGCAAAAGGACAGGCUCAGCCUUGUGUGGGCACUAUGCGCGUCAUUGCCCUCCUCUCGGCCCUGUGUGCCGCAGCUCUGGUCCAGGCCGAUUUCCACACGGCGCAAAUCUAUGUCCAGCCCGUCGAAAACACCGAGUCGCCCAGCCUCCUCGCCGAAGUGGCAUACGAUCCUAGCAUCAGCGGGUCUUCCUCCAUCAUCUCCUACGAAGCUCCUGAAAUCCCGGAGUCUACACAGCUGGUCCGCGUCGGAUUGUACGACGUCAAGUCUGCACGGUGGAUAUCUGGCACAACUGUCGCCUCGGUGGACAACUUUGGCAAGGGCUACUCGCCCAAUUUAAUACUCUCAGUCGAUGAAAAGGGAGAGCUUCUCAGUGCUGCUCUCAAGGGCGUAAGAAUCGAUGCGGGUCAGACGAGAGACUUUGGCCCGCAGGCGGUGGUGCUGCCAGUGCUCAAGGGCAAGCAGCCAGAGCUGAACAAGCCAAUUGUUCUAUCGCCAGAGGGAAAGAAGGUUGAGGAGGUUGAGAAGACGCCCCUUCAGAAAUACUGGUGGGUGAUUGCCAUUAUAGUGUUCCUGGCAGUGAGCGGAGGCGGCGGCGAGAAAUAGAGCCGACAAUUGACACAUACAUCAAUCUGAAUAUACGCUUCCGUGAUGGGAUGACCGCUGGCAAGGGUUGAGCUAUUGCAGUUGUUUUAGUGAUCCCUGUCCUCUCACUACCAUCCAGGUACAUGACUAUAAUGCUUUUCUGUUGAUACAUAAUACCCUAAUUCAAUCCGAGUACUAUUGCCUGCCC